UGUCACAGCCCCUUUAAAAGUGAAGCCAACAGUUUUAGACAAACUCUCUUUUACAUCCUUACCACUCACAACUCCAGCCACACUAGACUCUGCUUCCAAAGAGAUAGACAGGAUUCUACAACGCAUUGAGCAGGACAACAGACUACUGGCUGAACUAGAUAAAACAAAAGGAGCAUUCUCUUCAUCUGUCCCGGGUUCUCCGAUUUUCUCUGAAUCUGCCGAGAGGUUGAGAGCUGCUGCUGAAGGAGAAACACGACUGAAGGAAGAGAUUACUUACCUCACUUCUAGGUUAAAGCCUUCUUUUUCUUCUCCUGCGAUUGACCAACUGCUGGUUGAACCACAGAGUUAUAAACAAGUGAACUCACAGCUAGCUAGGUACAGGGGGGUCAGGAGAUCAUCUGUUACUCGAAAAGAACUUGAUCUUCUGAUGGCUAAACUAGAACAGGAUAACAAAAUACUUUCUGAGCUUGACCGUAAAAGAUUUGGUGGAAUUCCAGUGUCAACUUCAGCACCAUUGGCACCAACUCACCUUCCAACUGUUAGUAGUCUAUAUGGUGGAGGUAUGGUUUCUUUUCCUAUUGGUUUGGCAUCUUCUACUCUUCCAACAGUAUCUGUUGCACAUAGUGUCCUAGCAACAAGACCUACAACAGUGUCAUCAUCAACAUUUCUUGUUACUGGUCCUGCGCCGAUUGGAAUACCUGUUACCACUACAUACAGUCUUACAAAAGAACUUCCCACAGUAACAUUCACUACUCCACAAACAACCAUGGCUGUUGUUCCUGUCACAGUUGCAGCUGUUCCUGAUCAGAAUGAUAGUGGUGUAGCAACCUCUAUGGAGGCAACAGAGACUGAAGAAGAUACUCUAGGAGAAUCCUCUAUUGAUCAUAUUGAAUUGCCUGGUAGAGGGUGCUGUAAAGUUUACAUUGCCAGGUACACGUAUGACCCCUUGCAGCAGUCACCUAAUGAAAACCCUGAAUCUGAGUUAUCCUUAAAUGCUGGUGACUAUGUCCUGAUUUUUGGUGAGAUGGAUGAGGAUGGAUUUUUUAAUGGAGAGCUUCUUGACGGCAGAAAAGGCCUAGUGCCUUCCAAUUUUGUUGAAAUGCUUUGUGGUGAGGAGCUGUUUGACUUUCAAACAUCAGUUCUGUAUGGCAAUAGAGAUUCUGAUGGAAGCAGUGCUAGUUUUACGAUUGCUGGGGACUACGACUUUGCAGGAUUCAGUGGAACAGAAGAAAUUAAUUCUUUACCCUCUGAGGACUAUCAUCGUAUGAAUGACUAUAUAGACUUAGAGGACAUAGAAGAGGUUGAUGAAGAUGAUCUUUCUGAUGCUGAGCGAGAAAUGGAAGGACCAGUUCCACAUCCUCAAAGGCUAAUUCUUGAAAGACAGUUAAACAAAAGCAUCCUGAUUGGCUGGCUUCCACCAGAGGGCUCUGCUGGAAACAUACAAAUGUAUCAUGUUUAUGUAGAUGGGGUACUGAAAGCUACGACACAGAGUUCUGAAAGAACCCGUGCUCUGGUCGAAGGAGUUGAUUCUUCGCAGCCUCACAGAAUUAGUGUUCGGUCUGUCACAUCAUCAGGUCAUCAUUCACGAGAUGCAGCCUGUACCAUAACUGUGGGUAAAGAUAUUCCAUUAGCCCCCAGCUGUGUUAAGGCUUCUAAUUUAACUUCUACAUCGGCAGUGAUUAGCUGGUUGCCUAGCAACAGUAACUUCACCCAUGCAAUAGCAGUCAACAAUGUGGAGAUUCGAGUUGUGAAGCCAGCAAUAUUUAGACAUACUAUCACAGGCUUAGCUCCCAAUACAUUAUACAGAGUUUCUGUUCGUGCCAAACCAGGGAAGCUUCUAUACAAUGCAGAAAAAAAUCCUAAUAAAUUAGCAAUGCUAUCAACUUUUGUUGACUUUCGAACUCUUCCAAAAGGUCUUCCUGAUCCACCAGUUGAUGUUCAGAUAGAGGCAGGGCCUCAGGACGGAACACUAUUGGUUACUUGGCUGCCAGUCACUAUCAAUCCAAAUGGUACGUCCAAUGGAGCACCUGUGACAGGUUAUGCUGUUUUUGCUGCUGGAAAAAGGGUUACAGAAAUUGAUAGUCCAACAGGGGACCAUGCCUUGCUAGAAAUCAAAGAUCUCUUUCCUCUUGAUAAGAAAAAUGUGACUGUUAGAACAAAAUCGGGAGAUAAUCUAUCAUCAGAUUCUAUGCCAUGUGCUGUUCCAGAAGAUCUUAUCAGUACUUCAACUCAGAAGAAUGUUGUUGCUCUGUGCCCCUACAAGAAAAGAGCACCACACGAUGAGCUCGACUCUGACUCAGAGUCAGACACGGAGCUAACAGAACUGCUCAGCCACGUAGCACGCAGGUCUCGAGCUUUUGAACCAGACCAUUUAUCUCAGGAUAGAGCAGAGGAAGAUACUAGCCACUCUGAACUUUCUGACAUAAUAGAAGAAAGAGAAGGUGGACCUGAAAGAGAGCACCCACACAGAAGGGACAGAAUAAGAGACUCGAGGAAUGAGGAUGCUGCAAGGGAUCAAACAAGAGGUAGUAGAGAUCAGGGCGGUCCACGCCACCUGGCAAACGAUGACCGUGACCACCAGCAAACAUUUCACUCUCCGCCUAGUGGUCAUAAGUACAUUAGCCGACCACACGACAGGAGGGUGAAUCACUUAAUCCAAGAGCGACGUAAUUCUGCUGGCCAACUAAUUAUUGAACCCGAUGAAAAUCUCAGCGAUAAAGAGAUUUAUCCAUCUCAGAUUCACAUGCCUAUUCCCUCCAUUGAAAUCACUAAGGACAGUGCUAGUGAAGGUUGCAAUUCUGUAGAGAACUUCUCAGAGGAAGAGUAUGAUGCAAUAAGAAGGGUACACAGAGUUCAGCCAAAAGGCUAUCCUCCUGAGCUGUCGAAGUCUAGGGGAGGACCACAAGUUUAUAGUGUAGACAGGAGUGGGCCUCGUCCAGUUUCUCCUACUCCUCCCAGAGUUCGCCACUUCUCAAGAGAAGAGGACUAUUACCACUACCGUGACAUGCCUCCUGUGUCACACCGUAGAGAUGACAACUACCCUGUACACAGCUACCGUGGAAGUGUUGAUUAUAGAGGUCAGCCCCUUGUGGAUGUUAACCAUCCAGACAACCGUGUCAGAUGGUUCGUGGCACUGUUUGACUAUAACCCUCACACAAUGUCUCCUAACCCUGAUGCUGGUGAAGAACUCCCAUUCCAGGAAGGACAGUUGAUAAAAAUCUAUGGAGAGAAAGACCCAGAUGGGUUUUACAGAGGAGAAAUAAAUGGGAGAGUUGGGUUUGUUCCGUGUAACAUGGUGUCAGAGGUUCAAUUGGAUGAUGAAGAAAUUGCUCAACAGCUUGCAAAUGAAAACAUGUCUCCCAGGUCACACCCUUCUCCAGUGGAUAGAGACAUUGACACUGUGGGUGGUGUGCAAUUGCGCAAGAUGGUUGCACUAUAUGACUAUGACCCCCAGGAGUUGUCCCCCAAUGUAGAUGCUGAGAUGGAGCUAACAUUUAAUACUGGAGACAUCAUCUAUGUAUAUGGUGACAUGGAUGAAGAUGGCUUUUAUAUGGGUGAGAUCAAUGGCAUUCGUGGACUUGUGCCUUCAAACUUCUUAACUGAAGCCCCCCCUGAUUAUAAAGAUAACCGAUCUGCUACCAGAGGACAGCUUGGUCCCCCUGGUGUGGGGAAUGUGAGUCAACCCAAAGCCCCAGUAGCCGACGAACCUGAUCUGUCUCAUCCUGGCUACAGUUCUGAGAAAUCUGGAGCUUGGUUUGCUUCUUGCUCCAUCCUUCCCACUCCCAUGCACCUCAAGAACCACCCUCACAAUAUCCCAGAGGCACAAGUAGUUCAGCCUACCAUAGCACAGGUUCUGGAAAGGACCAUAUUCCUCCAUCAGAAAGAGGGAGAUACAUCUCUGAUCAUGAAGCCUAUGAUCGAGGCCCAGAACGACCAUCUCAUCCUACAGGCAGAAGCCGUUACUCAUCAGAGAGAGUUACACAGCUCUGGUAACGAGCGACCUACCUUCUUCAACUUUAAGUCAGGACCAAGGUUUCGUAGAAAAAAUCGAAACAAAGAAUCAUCUGAUGCUUGUGGAAAGACCAAAAAAUCAAAAACACAAGGUAUUACCUAUUCCAAACAUGGGAAAAGAAACAUUUUUUCAUCAGUGAAAUCUCUUCUUAAACCUUUAUGGAAGACCUGACCAACUAGCAAUGUACAUGAUAACAUGUUUCUGACCUUAAGAUUACUAAUGCCAUUACAAGAAUAUGCCUUCAUCUAUAGAGGCAGAUAUGUUGAGCUCUAGUCAUUGUGUUGAAAAUUAUACAAAGAACUUAGUUAAUUCUAUGUAUUUAUUUGGAUUUUUAGCUUGUUUCUGUAAAAUAUCUAACUGACAAAUCUGAAAGAUAUUAUUUGUUCAUUAUUGAAAGUUCUGAGAUACCUUUUUUAUUGAUUUUUUAUGUAUGUGCCUUUGAACUUGCACCAAAUUGUACAGCAAAAUGUUUUAUAAAAACUUCAGUUAACCAGUUAAUGUUCAUGUAUUAAAUGCUUUUUUAUCCUGUGUCUAAUGGUCCAUAUCAAAAACUGGUUUUCUGAGCAUUUGAAUUGCUUUGUGUAUAUGAGAAAAGAUAAAGAAAAAUACAUCUAAAAAAUCAUCAUAUCUGCAUCACUAGUUCGUCAAUGUGAUAUUGUUGUUAAGGCUCUUACAUAUAUUGUAUCUGCCUUUUGAACCAGUGUAUUUGCUUGAGCUUGAAAUGUACGUAACAGAAGAAGAAAUAACUUUACACAUUUAUUUAGUCUUUCUUCUUUUCUUAUCUUACCUUUACUGGCAUUUCUUCGUACAUCAGUAACUCAGAAAUAAGCUGAGUAAGCAUUUUCUCCCUCCAAAAACAUACAGCAUGCUUCAAAAUGUUUUGAGUGUUUGUACUUUUCAAAUUAUGAAACUCUAGAGCUUUUAGGACAAUGUAUUAUUAUUUGUGAGCGUGAUUUACAAUCAAGCAUGAUUUAUUUUCCACGUCCGCCUCGACAAAUGUGAAUAAAACUCAAUUAACUAUUUCUUGUUCCAGUGAGUAUAGCUUAUUAUAUAUUAAAAAAUGGACAUCACAGUAAAACAUUAAAAGAAACUGGCAAAGUUAUUUUUCUUGGAAACUGACAAUAAGUUCAAAACUUUUAUAUGAAACCUACAGACGAAGUUCAUACAAUUAAACUGUAAGCCUUAGAUCACCCAAUUCAAAUAACUUCAUCAGAACAAGCUUUCCAAUUUACCAUACCACAUGGAAGCCAUAAAACGUCACUAUCAUGUGGUGUAAAACGUGAUAAAAAUUAUAUUAAUCUUAUUAUUAGUUUCUAAAGUUUCAGUGCUGACUGGACGAUGGAAACUAUGUUAAAGAAUGAUGAUAGCUUCAAAGAAAUGUUCUUUUAUUUCACUCAGCAUUUCCACUUAAGCCUUUUUACAAGGGUCUUUGAGUGUCAUGUCACAGGUUACAAAACUGAUGAUUAAAAAGUAUUAAAAUUAAAGGUAACACUAAAAAAACAUUUAUCUUAAGUUGUUUAUUACCUUUCUUACAAAAAAAACAAACCUUAAAUCAAGCUGUAGCAUUCUUAAACUAGGUAGUGAAUCCCAAUUAUUCAGGUAGAUAUUGUCUUCCCAGUAACCAUGUGUUGUUUAGAUAUAUAAUCUCAUUAAAAACAAAUCACUGUUCUUUAGACUAGUAGUAAAUAUAUCUGAGAAAAGAAUUUAUUAUAUCUUCUAUCAAUAGUCAUUCUAUUCUUUAAAUGCUCAUCACUGAAAACUGACGGCUUCAGAACCUAACUAAUACACGUAACACUGGAAAUAGCAAGGCAGAAUCUAGAAGUCUUAUAUUCUUUUAUUAUAAUUACCCAGCAUAAACUUGGGUGUCUUGGUAUUUUUAUUUUGAACAUAAGUAAACCCUUUCAUUUUAAUUAAACUAUUAAUGUGAGAAAACAUUUCAUGUCAUUUAUUUGAAACAACGUAGUUGUAACCGAGAUUCAGGAGAUUUGGUAAAAGAACGUUUCAGUCAGAGAAAAAGUUUAAAAAAAGAUAAAACUGAAUGGUUUCAAAGUGUUCACGUCAGACGUUUAUAUUAUUUUGGCUAACUUAUAAUUUUUGUGGAAAAAUUCAAGAGUCUGCUAUUAUUUUUAAGUUUUUGAAACACGUUAAUAGAAUGAUUAUUUCAUUUGAUAAAAAAAUUAUUCAUGAUAUUUUAAUAGAAUCCACUGUUUAGAAUAGAAGCUUGUAUGUAUUCAUAUUUCUUGUAUUCUACAGUGUGGCAAGUUACGUUAAUGCUUUCUAUAAAGUCCUAUGCAUUAGGCUUAGUGAUGUGAACAGGAUACAUUGUUAAUUUACUGCAAUAUUAUACAAUAGAGAUGUGAUAUUUGAAAGUAAGAUUCGGGUUAAAAUUGGCUUAUGGUCUCAGCAUGUUAUGUUAUUUGAAGAGGAAAAGUUUAGAAUAGGACAAAAAAAUAAAUACCACAUAAACACUGAUUAGGUCUGAUGUUAGUUGGCUGCUAAAAUCCAGAUACUUCCUCUAUAAAGCUGCUUUUCCAUACGAAUGUGAUACAGCUCGUUCGUAGCUUAGGUACUUUGCAAUAAAGUUGUACAUAACAGUGAAGCAAAGUAUACAAAUUAGGUAUGGUAUUAAGCAUAUACGUGUUUUAUUUUGCAUCUGGUGGACACAGAGGAAAAUUCUAUUUAUUCUUUCGAUGUACAAUAUCGAAAGCUUCGUAUGGUAAAUAAAGUAGCUUGUGGCCGAAACAAAGAAUGUAUACAGCGCAUGCUCUGUUAAAAGAUACUUUUUUUUUUGUAAUACCACUCCUAACAGAACCUCUUUCCUAUGGUGAGAUGCUGCCUAUCAUCACAUUUGUAAUCGCUGUCAGUUAUUCUCAAUAAAUGUAGUCUAGUGUUCAUGUAACAUUUAAUAUUAUUUACUGGCUUGUUCGUUAUUCACUAUAUGUACAACCACUGAAACUUAAAUUCUCUUAAGAGUAAUACUUGUUCUUCCAUCCAAUACUAAUUGUAAAAAAAAAGAAGAAAGUAAAACAGCUUGUGAAGGUAUGAUAAAAGAUGUUCGAUUAUAAUGUGGUGAUGUAAAAAACAAAUCGGGUGAAAUGCGAUUUUGAAAGAAAACAGCUUGAGGUUUAACUUAAAAACUAAUUGUUUAUCAUGACGGGUCUAAUUACAUUAUUGUAUAAUUCAGUUCAAACUAAAAUUCAUCAAUAAAUUAUAUAAUUGAAAAACUGUAAAUGACGAGCUUGUUAAAAUUUACUAACUGCACAACUUAUGGGUGACAACUACGACUUUUUUUAAAAACUGUCUAAAACAUAAUGGGAAGUUUCAGAUGUGAUAUGCAUGACUAACAAACUAAGUCAAAUUUUCUGUUGAAACUGUUAGUCAAUAGUUUUUCUUGAUUUUUUCUCUGUCACUUGAACAUUACUGAAUGUCCACAAUGUAUAUAUAAUGAUGACAUUGUCUGUAUCUUGUCUGUUCAACCAUGUGAUACUUGCUUUGUAAAUAAAUGUUUGUGGCCUAUGUCCACAGAGCCCA